CAUAGGGCGUCUGCAUACGUGGCGCUGUGGUAGCAACAUGCCGCUGUGAAGUGGCAAGUGACCGAGAAACGGAGAGCAGCAUAUGUCACUUUUAUGAUAUAAUAAAAUAUAUGUAAAAAUACUUGAUAAAAAACAUGAGGUGGCUCAUUCUAUACGUAUUCUUGGUCGUCUUUAUCGCCUACGCGCGGUCUUACUUUAUUACUGUGGACGCGCACGCCGAGGAAUGUUUCUUCGAUAAGGUGGAAUUCGGCACCAAGAUGGGCCUCACGUUUGAGAUAGCAGAGGGUGGAUUUUUAGAUAUAGAUGUAAAGAUAGUCGGUCCCGAUGGUAGAAUGAUUUAUCAAGGUGAACGAGAGAGCAGCGGAAAGUACACAUUUGCUGCGCACACUACAGGUGUUUACACUUACUGCUUCAGCAAUCAGAAAAGCACAAUGACACCAAAAGUAGUGAUGUUCAAUAUGGAUAUCGAUGAAAAUCGGAAGCAGAAUGAUGAAAAUGCUGUCGGAGAAGGUCAGGAUGGAGACAGUAAUCAUGGGAAAUUGGAUGACAUGAUUAAAGAUUUGAGUACUAGUUUAUGGGGUGUAAAAAAUGAACAAGAAUACAUGCAGGUUCGUGAUCGCAAUCACAGAGCGAUCAAUGAAAGUACGAACUUCCGAGUUGUAGUGUGGGCGUUUUUCGAAGCCAUGGUUUUGGUAUGCGUGACAAUAGGGCAAAUCUUUUAUUUGAAGCGCUUUUUCGAGGUACGAAGAAUUGUGUAAUUUAGGAUACUUAAUGAUCACUUCGUGAAUCGAUUGUACAUUUUUCUAUGUAAUUAAAUUAUAUCUCAUAAGUCAUCCUUGCAAUGAACAAGUUCUUCGCUCUGUCAAAGUUAAAUCCCUAAACUUGUACAUCAUUAGUAUAUUAAAUAAUAAUAUUUCUUAUAAGAUUUAUAUUAAAGCAUUUAUAACGGAACAAGAUAUUUACUCGAGGAGACGAUGCGCGAUUGUAAACAUUCUGUAUUGACGAAUAACGAAAAAGAAAUGUCUAUAAUAAAAGAAAGAAUAUGCAUUCA